CGCGCGGCCCAUGUCCUCCGCGCCGCGGCCCGCCAGGAUGAAGAAGGACGAGUCGCUCCUGGGCAGGCUGGGCGGCACGCUGGCGAGGAAGAAGAAGGCCAGGGAGGUGAGUGACCUGCAGGAAGAAGGCAAGAAUGCCAUCAACUCGCCGAUGUCCCCUGCCUUGGUGGACGUUCGCCCUGAAGACACCCAGCUAGAGGAGAACGAGGAGCGCACGAUGAUCGACCCCACCUCCAAGGAUGACCCCAAAUUCAAGGAGCUGGUCAAGGUUCUCCUGGACUGGGUCAACGACGUGCUGGUGGAGGAGAGGAUCAUCGUGAAGCAGCUGGAGGAGGACCUGUACGACGGCCAGGUGCUGCAGAAGCUCCUGGAGAAACUGGCAGGCUGCAAGCUGGACGUGGCCGAGGUGACGCAGUCCGAGAUAGGGCAGAAACAGAAGCUGCAGACGGUUCUGGAAGCCGUGCAGGACCUGCUGCGGCCCCACGGCUGGGCGCUGCGGUGGAGCGUGGACGCGAUUCACGGCAAGAACCUGGUGGCCAUCCUGCACCUGCUGGUCUCCCUGGCCAUGCACUUCCGCGCCCCGAUCCGCCUCCCCGAGCACGUCUCCGUGCAAGUGGUGGUUGUGCGGAAGCGCGAAGGCCUGCUGCAUUCCAGCCACAUCUCGGAGGAGCUGACCACGACCACGGAGAUGAUGAUGGGACGGUUCGAGCGGGACGCCUUCGACACGCUGUUCGACCACGCCCCGGACAAGCUCAGCGUGGUGAAGAAGUCUCUCAUCACGUUCGUGAACAAGCACCUGAACAAGCUCAACCUGGAGGUGACGGAGCUGGAGAGCCAGUUUGCAGAUGGCGUGUACCUGGUCUUGCUCGUGGGCCUUCUUGAAGACUACUUCGUUCCUCUGCACAACUUCUACCUGACCCCGGAGAGCUUCGAUCAGAAGGUCCACAACGUGUCCUUCGCCUUCGACCUGAUGCUGGACGGAGGCCUCAAGAAGCCCAAGGCUCGCCCCGAAGAUGUGGUGAACCUGGACCUCAAAUCCACCCUGCGGGUUCUUUACAACCUGUUCACCAAGUACAAGAACGUCGAGUGACGGAGCAGCCGGCGGCGGGCGCGGCUUCCCAGCGAGAAAGGCGGAGCCUGCCCGCCCGCGCCCUCCGGGGAGAUGCCCAGCUCCCGGUGCCAGCUGUGUGAUCCCCGCCCCCACCUUUUCAUGGUUAAUGUCCCCCCCCACCCCCCGUUGUUCUGACACCCCCUUCCCACGUGACUCGCGGUGGUGGGGGCCUUCGAAAUUCGGGGUGAGGGCCGGGGCUCGUCCUGGAGGCCGCGCCUCACCUCCUUCCACGGAGGCCGAGUCAGGUGCCACCUGUCUGACCCAAAGACGAAAAGGAGAAAAGCCCAAGUCCCAGCGCCCAGCCUACCGAGCGCCGCCCGCUUCCAUCCCGUGGCGCGGCGAGCCGUCAGAAACGCACCGCAGCUCCGCACGGACGCCGGCGCCCCCGGACGUGGGCCGCGCCGUUCUCCGAGUCCCGGGCUGGGCUGGGCUGGCGGCGAGGCCUUGCCAACGGAGUUUUGCGGUUUUGGAAACUUGAAAGCCCCAGAAGCUUUAAGUGUGAUGCGAGUGUCCGUCCCGCCGGCCUGUUCCUCCUUGGCCACUCGGUGCGGGUUCGGUUUGGCUUCCGCACGAAGAGCAGGCCCAGGACAACCCAAGCGCCGCGGUCCGCGGGAGCGGCGGCUGGCUGAGGGGACCGGGUGGGGCUGGCUGUGCGUGUGCGGCCGAGGCAGCCCGUGCCAGGACUCCCCGUCUCCGAGGCCCUGUCUGGGAGUGGAUGCAUUUUUAGAAACCUUAAAAAGAAAAGAGAGGGGGCUG